GUCACAUAACCAAACACCAAAAAUUAUAACUCAACACUUCACUAAUCAAUUAUUCAAAGCAGAUAAAAAAAAAAUGGCUCAAGCAGUGACUUCGAUGGCUGGCUUACGUGGAGCAUCUCAGGCUGUCCUUGAAGGAAGUUUACAGAUCAACGGCUCAAACCGUUUGAACAUCUCAAGAGUCUCGGUUGGGUCUCAGAGAACCGGACUUGUGAUCAGGGCUCAGCAGAACGUGUCAGUACCAGAAAGUAGUCGCCGGUCAGUGAUUGGACUCGUGGCGGCUGGUUUAGCCGGUGGUUCAUUCGUUAAAGCUGUUUUCGCCGAAGCUAUUCCGAUCAAAGUUGGUGGUCCUCCACUUCCUUCCGGUGGCCUACCUGGAACAGAUAACUCAGACCAAGCAAGAGACUUUUCAUUGGCAUUGAAAGAUAGAUUUUACAUACAACCAUUGUCACCAACAGAAGCUGCAGCUAGAGCCAAAGAUUCUGCUAAAGAGAUCAUCAACGUUAAGUCAUUUAUCGACAAAAAAGCUUGGCCCUAUGUUCAGAACGAUCUCCGUUUAAGAGCAUCGUACCUCCGUUACGAUCUCAACACCGUUAUCUCCGCUAAGCCUAAGGAAGAGAAGCAAAGCCUUAAAGAUCUCACCGCAAAGCUUUUCCAAACCAUUGACAACUUGGACUAUGCGGCGAGAUCAAAGAGUAGCCCAGAUGCUGAGAAGUAUUACUCAGAAACUGUCUCGAGUUUGAACAAUGUUCUUGCCAAGCUCGGUUAAUGAAGAAAGACUUGCGUUGUAAUCUGUUGAUGUCGAUGUUAUUAUAAUUACUGCUAUCCAAGUACUUUGUCUUUCUCCUUCUCUUCUUGUCUGAUCAAAUCGGUUAUCUCUAAUUUCAGUUUCAAGUUUUAACCAAUAUAUUGGCUGGCUCUUUAGCAAAACAUUAUAUAUUCGUCCUCGAGCUGACCACUUUAAAUUAAUGGAUUGAUAACAACAACAACCAUGCAUUUGUCACAGUUUCAUGCAGAUAGUAGUCCCUCAACAUAUUUGUAUGUGAAAGUUACUUUGUCAUCUUAGGAAUCAGAAUGAGGGCUUGAGAUUCUGUCUUUUUGAGGUCUUGAUGUCAGGAAUGUAAAAGAAAAUCGAUGUUAAGACACAUGAUAUUCAAG